ACAGUCUGCAGUGAAGAUUAAAGAUACAGGCUCAAGCAAGUGCGCGAGUCAUGACAGACUCAGUUCGAGACAACAACUAAUUUAAAAUCCGAUCCAUCCAACUCACCUUCUGAAAACAUCUCUAUUUCUCUCUCAUUUUCUUCUCAACAAAACACACGUAAAAUGGCAAUGGCAAUGCAGAUCUUAGGAUUGAUUUUCUGAAUAAUCCAAACAAUUAAUUACUAGUAAAAAAAAGUAAUGGCAGUUCCAGUCGAAGAAGCCAUAGCAGCUCUCUCUACCUUCUCUCUUGAAGAUGAGCAAGCAGAGGUCCAAGGAGCUGGGGUUUUGGUUUCAUCCGAAAGAGGAGCAACCAACAGUCCUAUUGAGUAUGGUGAUGUUUCUGCGUAUCGUUUAUCUCUAUCAGAAGACACAAAAGCUCUGAAUCAGCUGAAUGCACUUAUCCAAGAGGGGAAGGAGAUGGCAUCGGUGCUUUAUACGUAUAGAAGUUGCGUCAAAGCACUUCCUCAGCUUCCAGAAUCCAUGAAGCACAGUCAGGCUGACUUGUAUCUGGAGACGUAUCAAGUUUUGGACUUGGAGAUGAGUCGUUUGCGUGAAAUCCAGAGAUGGCAAGCAUCGGCUGCAUCGAAACUAGCAGCUGAUAUGCAGCGGUUUUCUAGGCCUGAGCGGCACAUUAAUGGCCCCACGAUAACCCAUCUCUGGUCCAUGUUGAAGUUGCUUGAUGUUUUAGUUCAACUUGAUCAUCUUAAAAAUGCCAAGGCAAGCAUACCUAAUGACUUCUCAUGGUACAAGAGGACAUUCACCCAAGUUAGUGUUCAGUGGCAAGACAUUGAUUCUAUGAGGGAGGAGUUAGAUGAUUUACAGAUAUUCUUAAGCACAAGGUGGGCAAUCUUAUUGAACUUGCAUGUCGAGAUGUUUCGGGUGAACAAUGUAGAAGAUAUUCUUCAAGUUCUGAUAGUCUUUGCUGUUGAGUCAUUGGAAUUGGAUUUUGCGCUUUUAUUUCCUGAGAGACACAUUCUUCUACGUGUUUUACCUGUCCUUGUCGUCUUAGCAACAUCAUCAGAAAAAGACAGUGAGUCACUGUACAAGAGGGUAAAAAUAAACAGGCUGAUAAAUAUUUUCAAGAACGAUCCAGUCAUUCCUGCAUUCCCUGAUCUUCAUCUUUCUCCUGCUGCAAUCUUGAAAGAGUUGUCCAUUUACUUUCAAAGGUUUUCUGCACAAACUCGUCUUCUCACCCUUCCAGCACCUCAUGAGCUCCCACCUCGGGACGCACAAGAUUAUCAGAGGCAUUAUCUCAUCAUUAAUCACAUUGGAACUAUUCGUGCCGAGCAUGAUGAUUUCACAAUUCGUUUUGCUUCAUCCUUGAAUCAGCUAUUAUUAUUGAAGUCAAUAGAUGGUGCAGAUGUUGAUUGGUGCAAAGAAGUCAAGGGAAACAUGUAUGAUAUGGUUGUUGAAGGGUUCCAGCUCUUAAGCAGAUGGACUGCACGGAUUUGGGAACAAUGUGCUUGGAAAUUUUCUCGCCCAUGCAAAGAGGCAAUUCCUUCAGAAUCAAAUGGAUCUUCAGAAUCGUUUUUCGACUAUGAAAAGGUGGUACGAUAUAAUUACAGUGCUGAGGAGAGGAAAGCACUUGUUGAGCUUGUUAGUUACAUAAAAAGUGUUGGAUCGCUGAUGCAUCGGCAUGACACAUUGGUAGUUGAUGCCUUAUGGGAAACAAUACAUGCUGAAGUCCAAGAUUUUGUCCAAAACACAUUAGCCACCAUGUUGAGGACUACCUUUAGAAAGAAGAAGGACCUGUCGAGGAUUCUUUCUGACAUGCGGACGCUUUCAGCAGACUGGAUGGCAAAUACAAGCAAGCCUGAAUCUGAUUUACAGUCACAUGGAGGUGAUGAAAGCAAAGGGAGCUUCUUUUAUCCAAGGCCAGUGGCACCCACAGCCACGCAGGUCCAUUGCUUGCAGUUCUUGAUAUAUGAAGUGGUGUCUGGUGGUAAUCAUCGGAAGCCUGGUGGGCUCUUUGGCAACAGUGGGUCUGAGAUUCCUGUGAACGAUUUAAAGCAAUUGGAGAGCUUCUUUUACAAGCUUAGCUUCUUCCUACAUAUAUUGGACUAUUCAGCGACUGUGGCAACUUUGACAGAUCUUGGUUUCUUAUGGUUUAGAGAAUUUUAUUUGGAGUCAUCUCGAGUUAUUCAGUUUCCUAUUGAAUGCUCUCUUCCUUGGAUGCUGGUGGAUCAUGUGCUUGAGUCCCAGAAUGCAGGUCUUCUUGAAAGUGUUCUGAUGCCAUUUGACAUCUACAAUGAUUCAGCUCAGCAAGCUCUGGCUGCAUUAAGGCAGCGAUUCCUCUAUGAUGAAAUUGAGGCCGAGGUGGACCAUUGUUUUGAUUUAUUUGUUUCAAAACUCUCUGAAAUUAUUUUCACUUGUUACAAGAGUUGGGCAGCAAGUGAAAUGCUUGAUCCUUCAUUCCUCUUUGCUUUGGACAAUGGAGAAAAGUAUUCUGUACAGCCUAUGAGAUUCACUGCACUAUUUAAGAUGACGAGAGUAAAGUUACUUGGGAGGACCAUUGAUUUAAGAAGCUUGGUUUCUGAAAGGAUGAACAAGGUUUUCAGAGACAAUAUUGAGUUUCUUUUUGAUCGUUUUGAGUCUCAAGAUCUAUGUGCAGUGGUGGAAUUAGAAAAACUUCUGGAAAUAUUAAAGCAUGCUCAUGGACUGCUUUCAAAAGAUAUUUCAAUAGACUCGUUCAGUCUCAUGUUGAAUGAAAUGCAAGAAAACUUAUCUCUUGUAUCAUUUUCUAGUCGACUUGCAACUCAGAUUUGGUCAGAGAUGCAAAGUGAUUUCCUGCCAAACUUUGUCUUAUGCAACACUACUCAGCGUUUUGUCCGAUCAUCAAGAGUUCCUCUUGUUCCUGUGCAAAAGCCAUCAGUUCCCCAUGCAAAGGACAACUUCUAUUGUGGUACUCAGGAGUUGAAUUCUGCGCAUCAAAGCUUUGCUCGUUUGCACAGUGGGUUCUUUGGAAUUCCCCACAUGUUUUCUGUUGUUAGACUUCUAGGAUCCAGAUCGUUGCCUUGGCUUAUCCGAGCCCUGUUAGAUCAUAUAACAAAUAAGGUAACUACACUUGAACCAAUGAUUACUGGAUUGCAAGCAGCGUUGCCAAAAUCUAUUGGACUGCUCCCUUUUGAUGGAGGAGUCACAGGCUGUAUGAGGGUUGUCAAAGAAAAUCUUAACUGGGGAACUAAAUCAGAGCUCAAAGCAAAGGUUCUUCGAGGGAUUAAAGAGAUUGGCAGUGUGUUAUAUUGGAUGGGGCUUCUUGACAUUGUAUUGAGGGAAGUUGAUACCAUGCAUUUCAUGCAAACUGCCCCUUGGUUGGGCUUGUUUCCUGGCGCAGAUGGCCAAAUAUUGCAUUCACAGGAUGGUGGGGAUAGUCCUGUUGUCAAUCUUUUCAAAUCAGCCACUGCUGCAAUAGUGUCUAACCCUGGUUGUCCAAAUCCAACAUCUUUUUAUACCAUGUCAAAACAGGCAGAAGCUGCAGAUCUUCUUUACAAAGCUAGCAUGAAUACUGGAAGUGUGCUGGAAUAUGCCCUUGCUUUUACCAGUGCUGCAUUGGAUAAAUAUUGCAGUAAAUGGAGUGCUGCUCCCAAGACAGGCUUCAUUGACAUAACAACCUCAAAGGACUUUUACCGUAUAUAUAGUGGCCUUCAAAUUGGACACCUGGAGGAUUCUGUUCAAGUAUCAUCGAAUAAUUUUGAAGUCUUGGGUGACUCAGUUGCAUGGGGUGGCUGUACCAUAAUCUACUUGCUUGGACAGCAGAUGCAUUUUGAACUCUUUGAUUUUUCAUAUCAAGUCCUCAAUAUUGCAGAAGUGGAGGCUGGAUUGCUUAGCCAAGCACAUAAGAAUCCUCAUGCUGCCCAGGGAUGGGAAACCCUAUUAGAAGCCAUGAAGAAAGCAAGAAGGUUGAACAAUCAUGUUUUCUCGAUGCUGAAAGCCCGUUGCCCCCUUGAAGACAAGAUAGCGUGUGCUAUCAAGCAAAGUGGUGCUCCUCUGCAUCGGAUUAAGUUCGAGAACACUGUUUCAGCAUUUGAAACAUUGCCUCAAAAAGGUGCCUGAAUGAGCCCUGCAAUCCCCCUUCCACUUCUAUUGUUUUUUGUCUCAUCUGGUAAUAUCUAUGCAUUUAGUGUCGUCAAGUUGUAGUUUUAUUACCAUUAUCAUUAUUGAUUGUCAAAUUGUAGUUGGUAAUGUGUUCCCUGACAUGAACUCAGACAGACUGGAUUCAAUUUGUAUAUUACGUACAAACAUACAGGGGAUUUAUCUCCCUUUUUGUUUUUUAAUGGACAUCAGUCUUGAAUGCAAAUGAGAAAGCAUUGACCUUUCA